GCGCCUUCAGUCGAGUUUCACCCGCUCUCGCAGUUCAGUUGGUCCUCGCCUCUUCGUUCCAAGUUGAGUGCUACGCUCGCUUCAUCCCUCUCCACUCGGCUCGUUCUGAUAUUCUACGUUUGUUGAGGGUAGAGAGAAUGGUCGCGUUGCAAAAAGUGUAAAAAGCGCCGACAGGCAGCUGAGUUGGUCCUUUCUCUGCGUCCGUGUGUGCGUGAGUCGGAAAAGGAAGGAAGAAAAGAAGCUACUCACUGGGCGGUUGAUAAUAUGUGCGGUCAAAAGAAGAUGGUGAGACGGCAUCAACAACAGCUCGUGCUCGCCCUGCCGCUACUGCUCUUCUUAUUCAGCUCAGGUUGCAACGGUCUUACGCUACUUCAGCUGUCCAUCCCACCUUACGCAAGUCUUGGCAAGCCGGUGGCGAUGGGCUGCUCCUUUGACCUCGGUGAUGGCAUCCUCUACUCCGUCAAGUGGUACAAGGACAACGCCGAGUUCUGCCGUUACAUGCCCAGCCAGUUGCCGCCCAACCAGCUUUUCCCCGUCCCUGGCAUCAUCAUGGAUGAGAGUGGCUGCCAAAUGUCGAGCGUGAAGCUGCGCGAGGCGACCUUGGAGACGACCGGCACCUAUCUGUGCGAGGUUUCCACGGAGAAGCCCAAUUUCGAGACCAAGUUCAGUCUGGCCAAUCUGACCGUGCGAGCCCUACCGUCCGAGGCGCCGCACAUCAGCAACAUGCACAGCUCGUACGCUCCAGGAGAGUGGGUGUUGGCCACGUGCACGGCCGCCAAGUCGCUGCCAGCCGCAGAACUGCAGUGGAUGCUCAAUGGAAAUCCGGUGGACCCACUGUGGGUGACGACUUCAAUAAUUCGUUCUAACGGCAUUACCGGCGAAGACGACGAUGACCUCCUGAUGGAAAGCAAUUACUACGGUUUGGACGACCGGAACAGCCCGAUUGCUCAUCUCCUGCCGCACGUGGAUGAACCCCAUCUUGAGGCAACCAAGAGCUUUAUCAGAUUCCAGGCUAGCCCAAAUUACUUCACCGGGCCAAAAAAGGAAUUCUCAUUGCGGUGCACAGCCACCAUCCAUGAGCACACUUGGCGGGCUGAGCGGAGGCCCACUCUGGCAGGCCUGGGUGGAAAUCAACGCCUUGCACGGCACGAAGAACCGCACAACGCCGCAGCAGGAUGCUCGCUUUCACACUUGCUGAUUGUCCUACUGCUUCGAAUAAAUUUUGGUGCAAUCUGGUCGUGAUUUGCUGGAGACAGUGUUAAAGUGUGAACGGCAGGUUGAGGCAUGCUGACAGGACUGGAGCUGAAAGGUGAUUUGAUGUGCAAGAAAUGGACGUGCUGCUCAUGAUUGAAAGUUUAAGGACGCUUGUGGUGUGAAAAAUGGCGAGAAACAGACACAGACAGCCAAGAAAUAUGAUGAGUGUUUGCGUUUCUCUUGUUCGUUCGUGUUUACAAGACAAUUCAUGUUAAAUCCGCAACUUAAUGAAACAUAUUUGAUUGCUGUCGCUUCUAAUGAACGUUAUUUGACCCUCGGCUCUCAGUGUAUAAAUUUAUAUAAUGUGAACACCUCUCCAAAGCAAUGCAAGCAACCACAAAUACAAAGCAGUCCCCAUUCCAAGCAAGUUUUGUUAACCAAACGGAAAGUUGUAUGCAACAAUUGUACCCCAUAAAUCAACAUGUUCAUACGGGACUGUUUAAUCACACUUUUGGAGUAUUUAAUUUAAUGCACACGCAAUUAAACAACAUCAAAGCAAUCAAGUAUAAACAAAAAAUGGAAUAAAAAGCUCAGAAACACUCAGUUUAUGUGCGACUCAGAAGCACGGUUUAAAAGAUGUUUGAUGAUCCAGCAGAACGACAAGAACUGCACUUUGGGUCAAAACAUUGCCCUCGAGAUUAACCCAUCGCUGUAUCAAAUCAGUGUGAACUUGUAAUAUCCCACAAUCCCCCAUAUGCCACCAUCUGCGAACAAUGUUUUUGUGCCAAAUCUAAUGCUGUCCUAAAUAAAAUGAAAUAAAUACAA